UGAUUAUUAAAGCGACUCUGUCACUUUGCUUUCUGCUACAACUUCAAGAUAAACUUGUAAAUGUGAUUUGUGAACAAGUUUCGAUUCCAUCUUUUAGGCAUGCAGAAAUAUUAUUUCUGCUGAUUAUUAUUAUGAGUGAACUGUGUUUCAAAUAAACAUUAGUACUUUUUUUUUGAAAAUGGCUAAAGAAGGAGAUAUGUCUUUGCUAAAUGAUGUAUUGGAGCCGUUUAGGCGGGUUAUAAACACCGAUCCGCCAAAAGACAAAUUAUCGGCGUCUACGAAAUUAAAUUUUUCUGAUAGUAACCAAUCAAUAAAAGAAGAUACACCUAACAUACAUUCGCUGGGAAAAAGAAAAUCCGUCUUAAACAUUAGUGCUCCAGGGACUCCUGAAAAACGUAUGCGUUCUGAAUCUACCUCUAACACGGUGUCAGUACCGCCUUCACCCUGGGAAGCAAAACGGCUUAAAAUCGAUUUAAUUGCAGCAAAAGCUCAGAUAGCAAAGUUAGAAGCCCGUGUUAACCAUCAACAUACAAUUCGGAAAGAAAUGCAAAUUCUGUUUGAAGAGGAAAAAACAUCGCUCACUGAACAGCAUAAAAGAGAUCAGCGAGCUGUUUCUGAAAUGGAGGAAAGACUGCAAUUAAUAAGAAGGAGAGAACAAGAGUUAAAAGAUGAAUAUAAUGAGGCAAUUAAACAGCAUAUGGAAAAGAAAACUAAAUGGGAUAAAGAGAAGAAUGAGCUACAAAAGCAAGUAGCCGAGUUGAAAGAUAAGUUAUUAGAAUCCAAUGUGAGCAGUAAAGAUCAAAUAUCGGAAAUGAAAAAAGAUAUGGAUGAAUUACUCCAGGCUUUAGAAGGUGCACAGCAAGAGGUGGAUAUGCUCAAAAAAGAAGUUGCAAGGCAAACAGCCAGGGCUGAACAAUGUACAACGCUACGAACACAAGUGGAAAAACAAACAUUUGAGCUUCAGCAAGUUACAAACAAACUAAAAGAAAUAGAGUAUGAAAGAGAUUCAUAUAAGGACUGGCAACAACAGGCAAAAACAGCACAAAAACGUCUAUCGAAUAUGGCAGAACUAGAAAAAGAAGUUGUACGUCUAAGGGCGGCAGAAAGGAAUCUUCGAGAUGCUGUCUGUAAUAAACUUUUGCUUGAAGAACAGGUUAAUCUACUAACUACAAAGGUUGAGACUUUACAGCCAAUGCAGCAGCAGUUACAUGAAGCAACAGUAAAAAUAGCUGCUUUAGAAUCAUCACUGGAAGAAUGGACGACUGCUGCAAAAAAUCAUGGUAUUGAAACAUCUCGUGCACUGUCUUCCGCUCUGGACUCGGCCUUAAGCAGUCAGUUAAAUGCAGUUGCAGGAUGUUCCGAGGCACAGUCCAUCCUUGCACAGCAUACUGAGGAACUAGCGACGGUUAAAUUUGAGCGCGACAAGAUUAGCACUAAGCUAAAUGAUCUGCAAAUCGUGCGCAAGAACCAAGAGAGUCUUAUACAUCGGUUGCAGAAACGGCUAUUGCUGGUCACGAGAGAAAGAGAUAGCUAUAGACAGCAGCUGGACAGCUACGAGCGCGAGCUGACGGUGUCGCUGAGCGGCGAGGGCGCGGGCGGCGCGGCGCUGCUGGCGGCGCGCGUGGAGCAGCUGGAGAAGGCGCUGCAGGCCUACCGCGACCUGCUGGCGCACCACGACCACGAGCCCUCCGCCAGGGCAUUAGAGAACGCACGCGCAGAAAUAAAUAAAUACCGUGACGAGGCGGAAAACGCGAAGCGAGAUGUAAUAAAGCUGCGAGCCCAACGUGACCAGUUACAAGCGCACUUGGAAAAGCUUGCCGCACCUACUAAAGUCCUUCAUUUAGCUGACAAUCCAGCUGCAGCUGCCCAUAAGCAGAUGCAAGUAGAUUUAGAAUCGGCUCAAGAAGAGAUUAAAAAGCUGAAGACUGCGCUUCGCGAAGGCGGAUCUCGCGCUUGUCCCGAAGAAAUGCAGCAAUUAAAAACUCAACUUGAAAAUAGUCGAAUUAAAUUGCAGAGAAUGAAAGAAGAAUUUACAUCUUCUGCUCAAGAAUACCGAGAUGUAUGUUACAUGCUCCUUGGUUACAAAAUAGAUAGGACAGGUCAUAAGAAUUAUAGAAUAUCAAAUAUGUAUGCUGAGUCAUCAGAUGAAUACCUAACAUUUACCUUGUGCGAUGAUGGUAUAGAGAUGGUUCAUACCGAAUAUUCUGCAUCUUUGGGUGAGCUGGUGGAACUGCAUCUACAUCAUCACCGCUCUAUACCAUUGUUUCUAAGUGCUCUGACUAUGGAACUGUUUACCCGGACCACCAUGCAACAUGAAGUUCAGGAGUGCUAAGUGAAUGUUGAAAGACAGUGUGUCUGAGAAAAGUAUUUUUGACUGAAGUAAUGUAUAGUGCAGACUAGUGAAAUUGAAUUGUGUUAGUUUGGGGCUUAAAAAAGUGGUUGUGGAUCAUGAUACCUGCCUCGUAUGUAUGUAUGUAUUAUUUUAGAGGCAUAAAGCUGAUUGCUUACAUAUUAAUAAUUUGUUAGAAGAAUAAUGUUUUGGUAAAAGCAACUUUCAUUCAUUAUCUGCGUAAUCCUAAUGAUUGAUUGUGCAAAUAGACCUGUAAAUAUGUUAUAGCGAUUUAUUUCAACACCAUCUAUGUAUGUAUUUAUAAUAUUGUAUAUUAAAAUAUUAGGAACAUAUCUAAAUGGCACAAAAAAUAAACAUCACAUAAUCUACUUUAAACAAGGGCAAAUGAUUCAUGUAUCAUUUUGAUCUUGCAUAACUAGAUUGUGCUAAUCCAUCUGAAAAUAUGUGCAGGUUGGCGGCUCCGGAGCCGACACUUGAAAUGUUUGCAAUGAAUUUUAACUUGUAACCUUUGGUUGAUUACCUUGUCUUAUAUUUAUCUACCAAACCACUUUGAAGCGUGUAUAUUUAAGCAGUUCCUGGUAACUAAGGAGAAUUAUACAAUAUAUUAUAUUAAGCGGUAAUAAAUCACAUUAAAGAAAUAUGUAAAAUGUAGGAUAUAAUCUCAUAUUCCUUUUUACAUUGUGAGUAUGUUUAAAAAAAAAACAUUUUUUAUUUUUCUAUGUUUAGAAUAAUACUCUGUAUUGAUAUUUACGAUCCCUAUAUAAAGCUAGAUUCCUUUAAUUCUAUAGAAUUAUAAAUUAAAUGUGGCGGAAACUUUCCUGGUUCGUUAUUUUUAAAUAUAUAUAAAAUAUCAUUCAAAGUCAAAAGGUUAGGUUUUCAGUAUACACUUGGUUUUAAAAUAUUAAAAAUUAAUUUAACUAGUGAAUAUAUGUAUAGAUACAAUUUAUAUUACUGCAUUAAUUCCAUUAUGAGUAAAAUAUAUGAUGACAAAAUGUAAGAGUUUUUAUUUAUUUAAUUUGUUAAAACUAAAAAAUCGAAUAUUUAAUAAAUAAAUGCUUUACUUCGUACUUGGCCUGCACUUGACAUGAUUAGAAAGGGAUGGCCGUGUAUUGUUUACGCUUGUGCUGUUCCAAUUUAAUAAUACAAUUAUUAUUAAAUUGCGCCAUACAGAUUAAUGUCCUCCUCAGCUACCCCGGAGGUUACCUCCUCAUUAUUUAUUACUUCUCUCUUUCCUCAGUAACACAGCCUAAUACGGUGUGUGUUGUCACACCUUAAAAUCAGAACAAAAGUUAGGUGUUGAUAACUUUGUGACAUUAAAUGACAGAUUUGUCAAACUAAAUUACAUUAUAAUAGUAAGUUAUUAUGCAUGAUAUUAAUCCUCAGAAUUAGAACUUACUAGAAAUAUUAUUCAGCUUUUUGAUUAUAUAAGCUAUAGUAGCAAUGAUUGUGCAGGUCAAAUGAUGCAAUAAUACCAACAUUAGAAUACAAUUUUUUAUCGGACUUAUCUCUUCUGGUGUAGCUUUUAUAUAUUAUAAGUUCGUAUAUAGUACGUGCUUGCUCGCCACACGUGAACAGUUAAGAAACAAUUUAUGUUAUUCCAUGAUAAACCUUUGUAUCGAUAGAAUGAUUCAGAUAAGAUAUAUAGAUAGAAGAUUAGAAGAUGAUGAUGCAAACAAGGAAGCUACCGCUAUGCUGACCUUAGAAUGUCAUCUUAAUUAUUGUUUUUCUCAAACUUUGAAUAUAAGUAACACAAAGUCAAUUAAUAUAAUCUAAGCUUUUUUCUCUUAAUGUAAGGAUUGCCAUUUUUUGAUGGUGAGAUGGUGACAAUUUAUCUGGUGGUUAAAUCUAAGGUUUGUUUAUGUUCAAUCCUGCCAAAUACCAUUGGAAUCAUGGAAUUUAUUUCAAAAGAAUUAAAAAAUUGGCGUGUAAAUUUUUAUAUACUAAAUUUUUCAUUUUCAAUGUUUGGAAUCCAUCUAACUUAAUUUAUAACAAGCGCAAUAAGUAUUCCUUUAUUCAAUAAAUAAGCAACUAAUUCUCCUACAGCUGGAUUAAGGCCUAUUGUCCUUUCGUUUACUCAAAAUGUUUGGACCUUAUUCCACUAGGUGAUUGCAAUGCUAGUUGGUGUAAACAUCUGGCAGAUUAUCAUCCGACACAUGAUGGUUCCUCACGACGUUUUUCUUAACCGCCGAGCACGAGAUGAUUUCUAGACAGAUGAUUUUAAAUACAUUAAAACUUUUUGACGCUUGCUUGGACUUGAGCCUGAAAUCAUCGGUUUAGUUUUACGUUUUCUAACACAUAUGAGGCAAUUCCAUUUCGAAGUGAUUAGAGUAAAAUUAUAUAGUAUUUUUGAUUGGACCCCAUACAGUCUCCCCACCCGAGGCUAGUGCCUUGUAAGCCCAAGCAUAAAUAAGGAGCAGAUUUUACAUUAAAUGAAGAUUGUAAAUUGCUUAUUUAUAGUGUAAAAGAGUGUGGUGAUUGUUUAACUUCAUUUUGUCAUAGUUGUAUGCUUUUAUGAAGACUGGAUUGAUUUAUUGGUCGCUAUGUUUUGUAUAUUUAUGUAUCAGUGGAGGUGGUGCCAACGUGAACAAACAUUUGCUUACUAUUGUUAUCAAUUGAAUGUUAAGUACUGCUUUUUAAAAUGACUUUUGAU